GGGGCGGGGAGAAGGGGUGUUCUGGGAGAAACGGGAAGGGAGGGGACGAUGGAGAGCGCAGGCCGAGUGAAACCCGGAUGCUGAUGCUGCCCGGAUCGAAUCAAGAGAAGCAAGGGGAGAAAGAGAUAGGGAGCGGGGUGUACGAUAAAAGGUGGGGUGCUGAAGACGCUCGUCACGAAGCUAGUGUUGCGCUUGUUAAGGCAACACUUUUUUUCGGGGAUACGAAUAGAGGAGCAAGGACAACGCAAAGCUGCGCGAGGGGCUGCAGCUGCGACUACGGGAGAAGAUGCUGUGAUCUGCUCGUCGAGGGAGGGAGGAGGAGAGGCAGAGGUUUCUACGCCAGCUAAAGAUGCUUGCAUUUUCUAGAACAGCGAUGUAUCGCAUGAAACGUCCAGGCCUUCGAAUGGUGCAAGAAAAACACUAUUUAGCUCUUGCCUUCUGGUAAAAACAGCAACGGGACUGAAUUUAGACCCGGUGCUGAUUAAAAAAGGUGUCUUACCAGAGCGUGUGCUCACAGGGUGGCUCUCUUUUCUCUCUAUUUCCGGAUGUGAGGCCUGGAGUAAAGCAAGUAGUACUCCAGACACAGGACAUCUAUUACCACUGCGGUGUAAAUGGGAGAAUAUUCACUUGACGGGGAAUGUGAGAAGAUAGCCGAUACGAUUAUUUAGCUAGGAAUUGCGAAGUCAACUCAACUAACAGCAGAAUAACGGAUUGUGCCGGAUAGCUAUAAAGCUAGACCAAUUCUCAAUGAAUAUUGUAGCCUUUUCAUAUUCUACCGCAUAAAGUUUAUAUUUUAUUUUAGCAUUAUUAGUGUUUACAGUCUUGGACAAAAUGUGUCAAUGUGUAGGCCUAGCUGACAGUCAGGCCGUUGGACCGUUGGUUGGCCCCCAUGCUGCUGGGGGGCUCUAAUCAUAAUUUUGUCAGCGCCUUUGAAGCUGUGAUGACAUCUAGCCUGCUAGACUUUCAUCUCCAUUAUCGACAUUCUUCUGUCUCCAGCAUAAUUUGGUUGAAGACACAGGCUAUGUUAUCGCGGCUAACUCAGAUAUCUCUGCUGUCAGAACAUAGUUUCAUAUAGUCACCCUAAUUUAGUAUGGAUCUUUGAUUCAUUAGUUAGAUGUGCACUCAUAACAUAGGUCUACGUAUCUUUGAAUUGACAAAAUCCGAUUUGAUAGUUGAUUGUAGUUGAAGUAGGCCUAUCAAUAAUAUAGGCUACUACGGGUUCAGCGAACACACUGACUUGAUAUCUUCAUUAGCGGUGAGCAACAUUGAAAAGUGGUUGUGAGUAGGCCACAGGAUUGUCAUCACGACUACAAGAUCAGUCCAUUCCUUGUCCCUCUCACCGACUGUAAUGUCGCUACGGCGGGGUUACUCAGCGCGCAGGACUCAACGUCGUGGACUCCUUGAGAAGAAACUCUGAUUUUUAUUAGAGCUCUGAUCGCGGAAAUAAAUCGUUUGAAGAAAUGUCCAGCAAGGAGUUGUCGAGUCAGCCGGCUCAGUAUGUGGGGCCUUACCGCCUGGAGAAGACGCUGGGGAAAGGGCAGACUGGCUUGGUGAAGCUGGGAGUACACUGCAUCACAGGGCAGAAGGUGGCCAUAAAGAUUGUGAACAGAGAAAAGCUGUCAGAGUCGGUCCUCAUGAAGGUGGAGAGAGAGAUAGCUAUUCUCAAACUAAUAGAACAUCCUCAUGUUCUGAAGCUGCAUGAUGUCUAUGAGAAUAACAAAUAUCUGUACUUGGUACUAGAGCAUGUGUCGGGUGGCGAGCUCUUCGACUACUUGGUGAAGAAGGGCCGACUGACCCCCAAAGAAGCCCGGAAGUUUUUCAGACAGAUCAUCUCUGCCCUUGACUUCUGCCACAGCCACUCCAUAUGUCACAGAGACUUAAAGCCGGAGAACUUGUUGCUGGAUGAAAAGAACAACAUCAGGAUCGCGGACUUUGGCAUGGCCUCACUACAAGUGGGAGACAGUCUCUUGGAGACGAGCUGUGGAUCCCCUCACUAUGCAUGCCCAGAGGUGAUCAGGGGGGAGAAAUAUGACGGGCGUAGAGCAGAUGUGUGGAGUUGUGGAGUCAUCCUGUUCGCACUGCUCGUGGGUGCAUUGCCGUUCGACCACGACAACUUGCGCCAGCUGCUGGAGAAGGUGAAGAGCGGGGUGUUCCAUAUGCCCCACUUCAUCCCGCCCGACUGCCAGGCGCUGCUCAAGGGCAUGAUCGAGGUCGACCCUGAGAAGAGGCUCUCGCUUGAAGCAAUACAGAAGCAUGCGUGGUAUCAGAGUGGUCGGAACGAGCCCUGCCCAGAGCAGCCCCCUCCCCGACGGGUGUGUGUGCGGCGCAUCCUGUCCCUCACGGAGCUUGACCCGGACGUGCUGGACAGCAUGCACUCGCUGGGCUGCUUCAGGGACCGCACCAAACUGGCCCGAGACCUGCAGUGUGAGGAAAUAAACCAGGAGAAGAUGAUCUACUACCUACUGCUGGACAGGAAAGAACGCUACCCCAGCUAUGAGGAUGAGGACCUGCCAACCAGAAAUGAUGUUGCCGACCCUCCCCGGAAGCGUGUGGACUCUCCUAUGCUGACGCGUCAUGGCCGCUGCCGGCCGGAAAGAAAGAGCCUGGAGGUGCUGAGUGUGACGGAGCAAGGUUCACCUACGCCACCACGCCCGAGCCCUGGACACAUCCUCCACAGCCAGAGGUCGCGCUCGGUGAGCGGAGCCUCCACAGGCCUCUCCAGUCCCCUCAGCAGCCCAAGGGUCACCCCCCAGGGCUCCCCGCUCCCCACCCCUCUUGGCACCCCUGUCCACCACCCCGGGCACCCCCCUCCCACCCCUCCCUCUUCCUCGUCGUCCUCCUCGCUCCCUUGGCGGAAUGGCGGCCAGCAGCUCCGCUCACUGGAGGACGCGCCUACAACUCCUUCAAGAACAACUUUGUUGGGCUCGCCGCGGUUCCACCGACGCAAGAUGCAAGUUCCUACAUCAGAGGACAUGUCCAGCCUAACACCAGAGUCCAGCCCAGAGCUGGCCAAGAAAUCCUGGUUUGGAAACUUCAUCAGUAUCGAGAAGGAGGAGCAGAUCUUUGUGGUGAUCAGAGACAAACCACUGAGCUCGAUAAAGGCAGACAUUGUCCAUGCCUUCCUCUCAAUCCCCUCUCUCAGUCACAGUGUCAUCUCUCAGACCAGUUUCCGGGCGGAAUAUAAAUCCUCCGGAAGUUCAUCCGUCUUCCAAAAGCCUGUCAAGUUCCAGGUGGACAUCGCCUUCUCUGAAGGAGAGAGGGAACGAGAGAGGGACAGGGAAAAGCAGAAGGAGGGAAAGAGGGAGAUGGGGAAUUACAGCGUCACCUUCACGUCUUAUAUCAGUACAGCUUAG